AUGGGCUGUUUCCAAUCAAAGGUAGCUAGAGAAUUCCGAGGACACGAAGACCCCGUUGAGCUUGCUUCCGAGACUGCCUUUAGUGUGAGUGAGGUUGAAGCAUUGUUUGAGCUGUUCAAAAGCAUAAGCAGUUCGGUUGUUGAUGAUGGUCUGAUAAACAAGGAGGAGUUUCAACUUGCUUUGUUCAAGAACAGGAAGAGGGAGAAUAUAUUUGCUAACAGGAUAUUUGAUAUGUUUGAUGUUAAACGAAAGGGAGUAAUUGAUUUUGGGGACUUUGUAAGAUCACUUAAUGUUUUCCACCCCAAUGCUUCUCUAGAAGACAAAAUAGAUUUUACGUUUAGGCUUUAUGACAUGGACUGUACGGGCUUCAUUGAACGUCAAGAGGUUAAGCAAAUGUUGAUCGCCCUUCUCUGUGAAUCUGAAAUGAAAUUGGCUGAUGAAACCAUAGAGAUAAUACUAGACAAGACAUUUGAGGAUGCAGACGUGAAUAAGGAUGGGAAGAUUGAUAAACUAGAGUGGAGAGAUUUCGUGAACAAGAAUCCAUCACUGCUUAAGAUCAUGACACUCCCAUAUCUCAGGGAUAUUACGACAACGUUCCCGAGCUUUGUCUUUAAUUCAGAGGUCGAUGAGAUUGCCACAUGA